UUAGGACAAGUCCCCUAGAACUUGACAAGCUGUCUGGUGGGCUACCCUUCUUUCCUAACAGAGGUGGGGGCUUUCACGACGGCAUUCGAAAAAAUGGCGAGAAAAGUCCUAGGGUUGGCUGAAGAGGAACAGUGUGCAACCUUCCUAGGACACUCCAAGAAUUGGGAGGCCUCAGCGCUAACCAAAAAGGCUGCGCCAGGAAAGAAGUUGACUUGGGCUGCCAUAAAGGAGGGCGUGUUAGAAGGAGAACUAGACCAGGUAGACAUCUUCCAAAUGCGACAGGCUAGGAAGAAGAGGAAGGCUUUGGAUGCCACGACGAGUGACGGGCGAGACUUUAAGAAAAUGGUAGAGGAUGCUGUGGCCCAACUCGAUGCGGAGAAAGAGGCAAAGGCAGCGAGAAAGACUAUGGCAGCACCACAUACCGUAGGAAAAGCGAAGAAGGCAGUGGUGCAGGAAGAGGAAGAAGAGGAGGAAGAGGAGCCUGAACCUCUAAAGUGGAGGAAAUGGGGACUGGACUGCGUCAGGGAGUUAGGGUGGUCAAAAGGCGGAAGAGGCUCCGGCAGAGGAAGGAUAGAUUGGAGGAAUGCCAUUUGUUGGCAUUGUGGGCAGAAAGGUCAUACCGUCAAGUUCUGCCAUGUCCGGAGAAACGACGAAGACGAAUGGCUAAUCAGCACUAACUAUGACUGGGACAUGUACGACAAAUGGGGGUACUAUCUUGACCCAAAGAUCCCUGGUGGUACAAGGACGGAAGCCCUACGAAGAGUCGAGGCCGGCGCGCCACCCACUCCUCCAGCCAUGUUUCGGAUGUGGCAGGAGAAAGAGGUCCGCAGUGACAUCAGGGUGGAAGAGGUAGGAGAGAAUGAGGAAGUGGAGCAGGGAAGGAAGACCGACACCAUCAAGGAAGAGCCAAUCAUAGUGGAGUCGGAUGACGAAAUAGAGGAGGACUGUUGGAACAGGCCACGACACGCUAAGAUAGGGAAGGAUUGCUGGAGAGAGGCCCGACAGACGAUGGAGAGGAUGAAAAACUUGAUAGACAAAGUCGGGAGGUAUCAACAGAAACUGGCCGAUAUGUGUGACGAGGUCAGGGAGUGGAAAGAUAAGGAGCCUCUAGUAUACCUCUACGAUUUGGGUCCAGGAUUUCAAGGUGGGUCUGGAAAUCUACUAGGCGUCACGACUUCGGGACCGACGUCAAGGUCCGGAAUGACUUAUAGACCACCCUCGAGGUCGGGAAGAGCACCUCACGCGGUCAGGACAAGGGUCAAAGGGCCGGUAAGCCCUGAAGAACCGGCAAAGGAUGUUCCUGAACCCAGUGGAGAGAAAGAGAUGGUGGAUGUUCCAGAAGGAGAGGAUGAUGAGGAUGGCAGAUUGAGGAAAGAAGAGGACGAGAAGGCCGAACAAAGAGCCAAAAAGAGGGGCGCCAAGCCUGAUACGGACAAAGCUCAGGAAGUGAAGAAAAAAAAGUAUGCUGUCCGAGUAGAGAAAUGGUUCGACGUAGAGGAGAUCAUGGACAGGAUUCUUGAAGGUCAUAACCAUCUUAUGAACCUGAAAAACGUCCUUGCCUCAGCGCCGAGGCUCAAGGAUGAGCUAAGAGCGCGUUUAUCAAGGAAGAUGGUGGCCAGCGUACGAUUAGGGACCAUAAUCGCUAAAGAGGCGGAAUGGGCUGAGACAGGUACGAAGAUGGACUGGAAGUCCGUCGCAUGUGGAUGCCUCGAUGUUGUGGUAAAAGGAAAGACUUGCACGGCGAUGAUGGACAGUGGUGCAGAAAUGAACCUCAUAAAGGAGGAACAUGCCACGCGUCCAGGGAUGAAGAUAGAUCGCUCUGAUAAUGGGAUCCUGAUGCGGGCGAAUAGUCGAUCGGUGUUCAUAGGGACCGCCACAUCGGUGAUCCUGGAGAUCGGGAAAGUGAAAGAAGAGGCGGUCAGGAAUACGGUGCUAGAUCAAGAAGAGGUGGUAGAGCAGGAAGAAGGUGACAAUGUGAUCCACGAAAGGGAAGAUGAUGACUUCGAAGAACUAGAGAUUAAGGAAGCAUUUCGAGCAGAGGAAGAUGAAGGAGUAUACCUUGAACUCGGAAUGCUCCUGUCGUGUGAGACGAGGGAAAGGGACGCUUGCGCAAGAGUCCUGAAGAUGAGGCCAAACUUUCUAGUAAGGGAUGAUCAUCUAUUCAUGAGAAGCAAAGGGAAGACUCCCAAAAGAGUAGUCUGCGGCGUCGCUCGCCAGAUCGACGUUAUGGCAGCACUGCACGAUGGUACGGCGGGUGGUCACAAAAGCACGGAUACGACAUACCUCAAGAUACAUGAGUUGCACUAUUGGGAUGGCAUGGGAUAGAUGAUCGAUGAUUACUGUAAAUCCUGUAUACCAUGCCAGGAGCGAUC